AUGAAAUACAUUCUGAAGGCCAGCGACAUUAACUAUGGAUUGAGUUUGUUGGAGCUGCGGAAACUUGCAUACGAAUAUGCUAAAAAAAUCGGCAUUUCGUAUCCGGAUUCGUGGGAUGCCAAAGGAGAGGCAAGUUCGGAUUGGCAAUUGAGCUUCAUUAAACGUCAUCGAAAUUUGUCAUUGCGAACACCGGAACAAGUGAGCCAGAACCGUGCGAAGUCCUUCAACAAAGAGAAUGUCGAUGCCUUCUUCAGUAAUCUGUCGUCUGUGCUCAAUGCCACACCGUUCGAAGCGCAUCGAAUUUGGAACAUGGACGAAUGUGGAUGCCCAACUGUCCCAACGAAAGCUGUGAAAAUCAUUGCACCGAAAGGAAAGAAACGGGUGGGAACAUCGACAUCGGCCGAGAGAGGCACAAACGUGACUCUGGCAUUGUCUGUCAGCGCGACGGGGCAAUCAAUUCCGCCGUUUUACCUCUUUCCACGAAAAAAUAUGAAAGACGUGUACAUGACGCAUGCAACACAAGGUGCAGUUGGUAUCGCAAAUGGUUCUGGGUGGAUGACAUCCGAUCAAUUCCUCAAAUACAUGGAGCAUUUCAUCAAACACGCCGGCGCGAAUAAGGAUUCACCAACUCUUCUGCUUCUCGACAAUCACACAUCACAUUUGUCGAUUGACACCCUUGAAUUGGCAUUGGAUCAUGGCAUUACCAUGCUCUCAUUUCUACCGCAUUGCACUCACCGUAUGCAGCCGCUCGAUGUUUCGGUAUUUGGCCCUUUCAAGACCAUGUUCACCAUAAAACAUGAUGCUUGGAAGAAAUCAAACUUCGGCGUGGUUUUUGAUUUGCAUCAUGUGCCACUCAUUGUCAACCAAUACUUAGAUACUGCCGCGACCCCAAAGAACAUCAAGGCUGGAUUUAGAGCGACAGGCAUUUUCCCAUUCGAUCCGCACGUCUUCACGAAAAUCGACUUCAUCGCUUCGCAUUUGAGCGGCGAAAAUGAGUGCGACGAUGAUGAAGAAGAUGAAGAUAAUCAGCGUUGA